UACUUUGAACUUUGCAUAUACUGAGCUUUGCAUUAAAUAAGUCUAUAUUCCGGAAAUAAUAUUUACAGCAUCUAGUAAAUCUAAAUAAAUUUACAAAAAUUAGUAUUGUGAAGAUAAAUAGUUUUGCGAAACGUACACAUAUGCAUUUGUUUGUCUUUUUUACUAAAGGCAUUGACUUUUGUUUUUGUGAUAACGUAGAACCGGUAAUAAAUGAUAUGAAUCUAUCUUAGUAACAUGCUAUUUACAAUUAGUCAAUAAAUACAUAUAUGCAUAUGUACAACAGAUUAGACACACGUAUACACAACGUACUGUGCUCCCAAGUGAAAUUUGUUUUAUUAGAUUAUUGCGAUUCGUGGCCCAAUCAGCACAAACACAACUAAAAAUGGCAACUCCACAAUUACGUGAAGUCAUCGAUCAGUGGUUGAAGUGGGACCAAUGCGAGAAAACUCUUACCGAAAUUAAGGCACUGGAACAGGCUGAUGACUGGAAAAAAUUGGGGGAACUUUUGAACACCCGACUGGCGUUUGGCACAGCCGGUUUGCGGGGUAAAAUGCGAGCUGGCUUUAAUGGCAUGAACGAUUUAGUCAUAGCACAAACUGCGCAAGGCUUAUCCACUUACAUGGCGGAGCAAUUUAAUGAAAAUGAACGAAAAAAUCGUGGCAUUGUAUUCGGCUAUGAUGGCCGUCAUAACAGUAAGCGAUUUGCAGAAAUCUCAGCAAAUGUUUUUGUACGUGCUGGGUUUAAGGUUUACCUCUACAGAUGUUUAGUAGCUACACCUUUGGUACCAUACACAAUACGGCAUUUCAAUUGCCUUGGUGGCGUAAUGGUAACAGCUUCGCAUAAUCCAAAAGAUGAUAACGGCUAUAAAGUGUACUGGAGUAAUGGAGCACAGAUUAUAACGCCGCAUGACAAAAACAUCCAGAAAGCUAUUAUGGCUAAUCUUGAGCCAUGGGUAGACACUUGGAAUACAUCGAAUUUAUAUGACUCGGAACUGCUGAUUGAUCCUAAAGAGGCUAUUAAGGCCUACGUUGACAAAGUUCGUGAAACAGUGCCACCUACCUUUAUUGAAACAAAUAGCCAAAGUAACUUGCGUUUGGUUUAUAGUGCCAUGCAUGGUGUGGGCUAUCCUUUUGUGAGAGAUACAUUCGAAGCAGUUAAAUUGCAACCGGUUUUAGCAGUGGAAGAACAAAAAGAGGCAGAUCCGGAAUUUCCAACUGUCGUAUUUCCAAACCCGGAAGAGGGUAAAAGCGCCUUGGAAUUGUCGAUAAAGAAAGCCGAAAGCACAGGUUGCUCCAUUAUACUUGCCAAUGACCCAGACGCCGACCGACUGGCUUUGGCUACAAAAAAUCCAACUACCGGCAAGUGGAAGGUUUACAGUGGCAAUGAAAUCGGAGCAUUGCUCGGUUGGUGGGCCAUACAUCUCUAUAAACACACACAUCCGGAGGGCGAUCUCUCCAAUUGCUAUUUGCUUGCCAGUACUGUAAGCUCUAAGAUACUCAGGGCUUUUGCCGAAAAGGAAGGUCUACAUUUCAUUGAGACUCUCACCGGCUUCAAAUGGAUGGGCAACGAAUCGGACAAGCUAAUGAAUAAUGGAAAAACGGUAUUAUUUGCCUUCGAAGAGGCCAUUGGCUUUAUGUUCUCGACCAAUGUCUUGGACAAAGAUGGCGUAAGCGCUGCUUGUCAUUUAGCAUCUAUGGCCUGUUACCUUGAGGCGAACGGAAACAUUUCAUUCGAUGAGAAACUACAAGCUAUAUACAAGGAAUAUGGAUUCCAUUACAAUAAUUCAUCGUAUUACUUUUGUUAUGAACCACCAGUAAUCAAUAAGAUUUUCGAACGUCUACGUAAUUUCGCUGGAGCACCGAAAACAUACCCGUGCAGCAUAAUUGAGGGAAAAUAUAAAAUUAAAUAUAUUCGCGAUUUGACUAACGGUGUUGACACAGCCCAACAUGAUGGUAAGGCCAUACUACCCGUUAGUGCAAGUAGCCAUAUGAUUACGUUUACAUUCGAGAAUGGCUUAGUCAUUACACUGCGCACAAGUGGCACAGAACCAAAAAUCAAAUAUUAUGCCGAAAUGUGCGCCCAACCGGGGCAAGAAGAUUUUGAUGGUUUAAUUAAUACCACGAAUGAAAUGGUGACAGCUAUAGUUCAGGAAUUUCUGCAGCCAAAUGAGAAUAAUCUCACAGCUAAAUCUGAUUGAAUGCAUUCCGAAUGCCAGAUAAAAAUUAGUGCAAAAAGUAAUAUGUGGAAUACGAAAAACCUAAAUUGACGCACACAACUCAUAUGUAGCUAUUUUAUCCGUCUCAGGUUUCAUUACGUUGAAUUACGCCAUCCUAAACACUCAUAUAACAUUCCGAAUAAUGUGAUCACGGACAGUUUGUUUACCCAUAAAUAGCGAUAAUAGAAGAAUUUCUUUCUUACAUUACAUUAUUUGAUAUUAUUUAUUGCGCUCACAUAUAAACAUAUGUACGUGUUUAGUUAUUAUGUGUGAACUGUACGAUUUUAUUUUAACUUUUUUUCUCUAUACAAUUUCCGUUGAUUUACCAAAGGUAUGCGCUUUUUUAAAUUUUAUUUAUUGUAAUAUUGCUGGAUACGAAUAAAGUGUAUGAUUAUAAAAAAA